AUGGCUGCUCAAACCCUGGAUACUGUCUCAGCUGUCACUGUCAUUGGGGCGGGCCCUUGUGGUUGUGCUUUUGCCGCGGACUUGGCGAGCCGUGGAAAGUCAGUCAUGUUGUAUGGUCAUCCUGAUCACCGUGGCGGAACUACAAUGAUCGAAAACAAUGAUGGGUGGCUGAACUCAAGCGGAGGUGUCACUGGAAGAUUCCAGAUCAAGACUACUAGUGAUAUGUACCUUGCUAUCCGUCACUCUCAGUUCAUCGUGACUACAGUGCCAUCGUAUGGACAAGAUACUAUCUUGCACCUCCUGAGCCAAUUUGACUUGCACAACCACACCCUUAUCAUCAACGUCGGCAACUUCUUCUACCUCUCUGCUCGCCAAAAAGUCAACGCCCAUGCCAUCCUCGAAACCGAUAUCUCCCCCUACGCCACCCGUAUCACAGGCGACACAGUCUUCGUCAAGGGAGUCAAGAAGAGCCUGGCCAUCUGGGCGGAGCCACCAACCACACAAGUCGAGCGCCUCAACGCUGAUGCAGAACUUCGUCUGCGACGCCAGGUCGAGUCCAUCUUUUCACAGAAGCUGGUGUGGUGCCAGAACUUGCUCGAAGUGGGAUUGAACAACAUCAAUCCAGUCGUGCACUGCCCAGCAGCACUCAUGAACGCGGGCUGGAUCGAGGCUACCAAGGGUGAUUUCUACUUCUAUGCCCAGGGAAUGUCACCAUCUGUCUCUCGUGUGACUGAAAAGAUUGACAAGGAGCGUCUGGCGAUCGCACACGCUUACGACCUUGACCUUGUUCCCAUCACGACAUACAUGAACCAAAACUAUAGCAACGACCGGGAGUACAGUGACUACCAUGAUUUCGCUGUUGGCUCUGUAAUCCACAACAAGACCAAAAGCUCCCCAAGCACCCUGAAGCACCGUUACCUAUUAGAGGAUAUCCUCUAUGGAAUGGUUCCCUGGUAUGAGCUUGGUCUCAAGUGUGGUCUGACUUCACCUACCAUCAGGGCCCUCAUCGAAAUGGCUUCCGUUGUUAGUGGGUUUGACUACUUUGAACACGGAAGGACCUUAAAGGCUGCCGGACUUGGUGAUGCAACUAAGGAGCAGGUACUUAUGGCUCUUGGUGGACCCUUUGACAAGACUGCCAGUGCUAUCCCUUCUCCCGCAGACUCGCCCGUGGACAACAGUUUCCGAUUGAAUACUUCACUGCAAACGGCUCAAGUAGCUGCGUGA